AAUAGUCCACCAGUGCAGUAGUCUCAUCUUUCAGGACUCGCUAAAUAAAUUCUUUGAUUCCUAGAUUCAGGCAUUCAAACCUCUUACAUCUUAUCACCUUGCAAGAUGAGAACUCUACCUGUGACACUAUCCUCAGAUAUCAGUAAACGACAUAGAGUGACCCUUCCACGAAAAAAUUGUCCCUACUUGUAUCAUGACUCCAAGGAGUGGGAAGACGUUGCCAAAGGUGGAGAAGAAGAAAAGAAUUAUUAUCUUCAAAUCUAUAAUCACUUAUCACCUUUACAGCGAACAAUCUUGACCCAACAUGCAGCAGAUAUUAAGAGCUACUCAGAUGAUCGGAAAUCGAUUGUUUCUAAAAUCAAGGCCACUCAAACUUAUCGUCUCGUCUCGUCUUCGUUCAAGAUGCUCUUCCGUAGCUUCCUUAUGAUUUGUGGUAACCCCUUGUCUUUCUUCACCCGUCCAUUCAAUACUAUGUACAUGAUCCUGUACUUUGGGGUCAUCUAUUCCGCGUUGUUUGUGUUGAACAUCGUUUUCCUUGCGGCACACGUUUUGGGCGUUGGAAAGGUCUUGAGUUACCUCGGGGGCAAGUACGGAGGUGGUUGGACUAUCAUCAAUUGGGUCGACAUCAACUUGUUUGACUCCAAGAAACAUAUUUUUGAUAACGCCUUACCUGCUUUGGGAAGUGACCUAGACGAGCACCUACUUAAAGUCGAAGAACAUCCUGAGAUUGUCAAAGCACUGUCUAGCAAAUCUCUCGAGUUCAAUGUUGACAUCGCUAGAGCAAUCCUUCUAAUGUGCUCAAUCGUGUAUGAGCGUGAUACGGACUUUGUUCAAAAAGCUGCUCAUGCCAGUGUCUCGAAGACUCAACCUGAUGAAAGCGUGUUGUUUUUGAUCAAGAGCGAGGAACGCAUGCUUCAAGUCGCUGAUGAGUGGGGAAUCGGCUUUGUUUCGGUUGCGGAUUUUCAAAAGUUGUCGGGUCCAUUUGCUGGAUGUUUCUAUUCUUAUGAACAUAUCGGGCAAUACGACAAUCCUUACAUAGUUUUGGUGAUGAAAGGAACCAGUCCAACUGAUUUCACUGAAUGGAUUCAAGAUUGUGAAUGCAAACUCGAAUCAGCCGGUGACUUCCUUGCUACCGGUAUGGCUCAUGAAGGUUUCUACGACUCGCUUUUUCCAUCCAAGAGCUUCUGCCAUCAAGUUCUUCCUUACUUCCGCAUGAUUGAGAUGGUCAAAACUAUUGCAGCGGAGGCAUUUAAACAUACUGGCAAGAAGUGUAACCUUUUUGUAGGAGGACACUCUCUGGGAGCUGGAAUCGCAUCUUUACUAUAUGCUAGACUGCUUGAAUCUCCAGAAGAUUUGGGAGACCAGAUCGUCUUGCGAGACGCUUACACUUUUGGUACACCUCGAACUUGUGAUGCGAGAUUAGCUUCAAGAGUCGAUUACAACUUGAACAAACCUAUCAAUCGGGGUCGGCAGAUGUGGCGUGUCUGCAAUCGUUCCCGCUCUCCCAUCAUUGGUGAUUGCGUAACGCGUGUUCCUCCCGGCAUUGCCUCUAAUAGAGGCGUCCGCGGUGCGAUUCAAAACGGAAGCUAUUUCUCAUACUCAACAAUUGGUAUCCAAGUAGACUUGAAGCCUUUCCAAUCGGCUCCAUUUUACUCGAUCAUGGAGAUCCCAGCUGGUCACUGCGUGAAUGUAUGCAAACUUAGCAAUGAAGCUGAGAUCGAGUUUGCUCGCAACCAAGAGAUGUCACAGAUUGGCUUCCCUCAAGAUAUUGUUCAAAUCAGUAUGGAGCUUGUUGGAUUAUUCCUUCCGUUUUUACAUGAUCAUUUCCCGGCAAGCUACAUGGACGCCUUGAACAAAAUGCAGGCAAUGAUCGGUUCACAAUCCAAUAUUAACAAACAACAAGAAUUGAAGGAGAAAGAAUCGAAGCUCAAUGAAAGUACUCAUAUGUUAAGAGAUGCAGUUCAAAACAAUCGCCUCGCUUUACACUCGAUUUGACAUCAUCAAUACUUUGAAGGUUAGAUUCUUUUUCUCAUUUGUAGCAUCUCACAUUUUUUUCACAGUACUACAAAAAGUGUGCGAUGUCCUAUCAAUCGCAAUUCAAAAAAGUACACCACAUCCUUUUCGUUUUCAUUUCUUCAAUCAAUUGUGUUUCAAAAUUACAUCCUGGCAUUUGUUCCAUUUGUAUUUGAGUUCAAUUUGAACAAAAGCGAUCUAAUGUCGCACAAACACACGUUUUUUCUAAUCACCUGCUGCAAUUCUUUGUCAUUCCAUCUUCGCUCAUGUUUUGCUACACCUGAUAUAUUAUGUUGAUUGACUUGUCCUCAAGUUUAUUGUACACAUUUCUGUUGAAUGCAUGUCUUCCAUUUCGAUUCACAUCCAUGCCGAAGCUCACUAAGAGAUCAGCUUUAAUAAAUGUCCCCCACCAAUGGAUGCACUAUGUCAAAUGCGAAACAAGUCGGGUUUUGCUUUUGAAGUGA